AUGUCAGACGUGCGCCCUAAAAAACCUGCGUCAGACCGGAGAAAGCAACAGAACAGAACAGCUCAAAAGGGCUACCGAGAAAGACAGAAACAGCGGCUGCAAGCCCUUGAAAGAUUGCUCGAUGCCCAGAAUCAAUGCGAAGACUCAGUCCUCAGUGAUUCUACAUCAACUACAUUUUUCCCAGAUAGUGGGCUAGCAAGCCAAGCAACGCUCCAAAAUGGUUCACACUCAACAUCUCCUUCGUUUGUGUCGGAUUCGUCUUCUAGAAUUUGGGAUUCAUUCAUCACCAGUAGAGCCACGCAGAUAGGCGAAUCGCCAAUAAGUCAAAGUUCCGGCUCGCUGAUACAGGCUCAGUCUGUGGACUCGCCUGGGUUGCCGCUAAGAGAACGAAUCUUUAAUCAGUUGAUGCGGGAGAUCGACAGCGUUGAUGAGACUUCAUACAAUCAAAUCAUGUCUGGUGAACUCUCCAUUUCGCAAAUCUUUCGUGCUGGGUUGCGUCAUGUCCCUACUCGGCCGCCGCAAAAUCCAUUGGGCAAUGACACGUUCUUGGUAGACGAGCCGAAUCCCCCUCUUCGUACGGAGAGAAUACUAGUUCCUGAGAACAAGAUGCGAGUCCAUGCACAUGCUUUGCCUAACGUCUAUGCCAAUAAUCUUCGGUUAAAACAAUUUACUACAAUUUCCGCUCUUCGAGCAAGCAUUGAGUCUUUAGGUCUCACUUUUAGCAUGCUCAGCAACCCCGACACCGAAUCGCCUUUCUAUCGAGGUUCUCUUUCGAAGGAUGCCGCCGAGUUAAUUAUUGCUAAAGAGAGGUUUGACGACGUGGCCCCACACCUCCGACCAACUAUAGCACAAAUUCGGCACAGUCAUCAUCCAUAUCUUGAUGGACUUCCUUUCCCUAGCCUCCGAGAACGAAUUAUAGAAGCUUGUUCCCUGGAGCCACCUAUAAUUGAUGAAGAGGACCUAUGUAACGAUCUGGAAAAAGGAGGGCUGAUCUGCUGGGGUUCAUAUCUCGGAAACGGGAACUGUGCCACUGGAUCUGGUGCACCGUGGGAUUAUCGUAGCUGGGAAGCACAGCCAUGGUUUCUCAGAAAGUGGUGGUUCUUCAUUGGCGGAUCGCAGGGCGAGCUUUUCCAGCAGACUCGAUGGUGGCAUGAAAUGAGAGGCGAUCGACUAGUUGCUCCAUGGUGA